AACCCACUCCCACGAAGAGGUUGAGAUCAAGCUCCCCCAGCUCGCCGGACGGGAAGGUCAACACUCUUCAUUCCAAGCCCAAGCACAUCUUCCUCCCAGCGGAGAGGGUCGCUUCAGAGAAGAAGAGGUCCGCAUCACUCGUCAAGAGGAACAUCACCGCCGUCCCGGCAUCCGUGAAGAGUUCGUUCACCGCGAGGAGCGUCACCGCCCAACUACCGCAAGGAAGCUUCCGUAGUCGGUACCACCGUCGACGGAUCCCGCUUCAGCCACAGCCGCAAGGCCAGCAGCACCACCUCCACCCACACCGACGAGUACACCGUCGAUCCCCCUAGCCACCGCCCCGUCUACAAGAAGGAGUCGGUUGAAGUCGCCGGUACCACUGUUGACCCCCCUGCUCCUCGUUCGACCUACCACGAGCAGGUGAACAUUGUUGAAGAGACCGUUGACGCUCACCGUUACGCUCCUCAACACAACAACAACAACAAGAUGGGCUACUACGACGAGGACGGCCACUACCACUCUUUCCGCCAUGGAUUGCACAAGUUGGCUGACCGUAUUGCGCAUCCUGAAGGCCAUGACCGCGUUGAGGUGAGCGAGGUUCGUGAGACCCGCCGCACCCGCGCUCCGUCUUCGGAGGCGUACACGCCGAACACGGUCACCAUUCCGUGCCACCACAUCCGCCUCGGCGACAUCCUGAUCCUCCAGGGCCGCCCCUGCCAGGUCAUCCGUAUCUCGACCUCGGCUGCCACUGGCCAGCACCGCUAUCUUGGUGUCGACCUCUUCACCAAGCAGCUCCAUGAGGAGUCGUCGUUCGUCUCGAACCCUGCUCCCAGCGUCGUCGUCCAGACGAUGCUUGGCCCUGUUUUCAAGCAGUACCGCGUCCUCGACAUGCAGGACGGCCACAUCGUCGCCAUGACCGAGACGGGCGAUGUCAAGCAGAACCUGCCCGUCAUCGACCAGAGCAACCUCUGGGGCCGCCUCAAGCAGGCCUUCGAGACUGGCCGCGGCAGCGUCCGUGUCCUGGUCGUUUCUGACAACGGCAACGAGAUGGCUGUUGACAUGAAGGUCGUCCACGGCUCGCGCCUCUAAGUCAAGCCGGCAGGCUUUCAUGCAAGCUUUGGGGCUACGAGUCGGGCGGCAUUGGGUUUGCGUUUGAUGCAUCUUGGUUACGGCGUGUAUGUCAUUUGAAGAUUGAAAGCUGCGCCUUGGUCGACUCCUGGCGCCGGAUGGAUAUACAUGUUCCUCGGGAGGAUAUGAAGGUUUCAUGUCGCUAGUUUCACGUGUAUAUGAUGACUGUAAUGGAUGGAUGUUUAUGGCCAACUUUGCGAUUGAUAUCUUGAACCUUUUUUCUGGUCGUGUGAGUGAACAGUGAUUAAGUGAGAGUGAGGUAUGCACCGUUUAUCACAAGGUUGCCUUGAUAU